CCGCAGCCCCGGCAGAGCCGAGCCCGGCCCAGGCCCCUGCCCCUGCCCGGCCCUCGGACCGCCGCCCCUGGCUCCGCCCCCGCCCACGAGCCACCCCUAGCGGCUCCGGUGCCCCCCGGCGCCCCUAGACCCCGGCCUCCAGCACCGAGGCAGGAGGCAGGGAGCAGCAGCAGAGGCAGGAGGACGAGGAGGAGGAGGAGGAGCCGUCGCAGGAUGAAGGAUCGGACUCAGGAGCUGCGGAGUGCGAAAGACAGUGAUGAUGAGGAGGAGGUGGUCCAUGUGGAUCGGGACCACUUUAUGGAUGAGUUCUUUGAACAGGUGGAAGAGAUCCGGGGCUGCAUUGAGAAGCUGUCGGAGGAUGUGGAGCAAGUGAAAAAACAGCACAGUGCCAUCCUGGCUGCCCCCAACCCAGAUGAGAAAACCAAACAGGAGCUGGAGGACCUCACUGCAGACAUCAAGAAGACGGCCAACAAGGUUCGGUCCAAGUUGAAAGCGAUCGAGCAAAGCAUUGAACAGGAGGAGGGGCUGAACCGUUCCUCCGCGGACCUGCGCAUCCGCAAGACCCAGCACUCCACGCUCUCCCGGAAGUUCGUGGAAGUAAUGACCGAAUAUAACGCGACCCAGUCCAAGUACCGGGACCGAUGCAAGGACAGGAUCCAGCGGCAGCUGGAGAUCACCGGAAGGACCACGACCAACGAAGAACUGGAAGAUAUGCUGGAGAGCGGGAAGUUGGCCAUCUUCACGGAUGAUAUCAAAAUGGACUCGCAGAUGACGAAGCAGGCACUGAAUGAGAUCGAGACGAGGCACAACGAGAUCAUCAAACUGGAAACCAGCAUCCGUGAGCUGCAUGACAUGUUUGUGGACAUGGCCAUGCUCGUGGAAAGCCAGGGUGAGAUGAUUGACCGCAUUGAGUACAACGUGGAACAUUCCGUGGACUAUGUGGAGCGAGCUGUGUCUGACACCAAGAAAGCUGUGAAAUAUCAGAGCAAGGCCCGGAGGAAGAAAAUCAUGAUCAUCAUUUGCUGUGUGGUGCUGGGGGUGGUCUUGGCGUCAUCCAUUGGGGGAACGCUGGGCUUGUAGGCCCCCCACCCCAUCUCUCCCAGACCCAUCCCCCACCACAUCGGGAGCAAUACCCCCACCAGCCCUUUCACUCCAUCCCCUACUCCAGGCUCACCCCCAAGACAGACCCAGACAGUCCCCCUUCACCCCCAUUAGACCCUGGAGUCCCUGGACCUCAGCCUGCCACGGACCACCCCCGGCCCCCGCACGUAGAUAGCAGCAGGCGUGACUACACAUGCACACCAACAUGCAUGCUGCCGGCACAUGCUUGAGACGUGUGGGCACCCCAGUAUGUGUGUGUAUGUGUGCAGAUGUGUGUAGAAGCACCAAAUCACGCUUCAUGCCCCCCACCUCGAGCCUGUGUGCUGUCUGAGCUUCCUCCCUUCACUUGGGUGGUUGUGUAGACUGUGGCUGAGUACAACACAGCAGCCCACCAGGCCCCACUCUGUCUUCUGUGAAUAGGUGUGUGUGUGUGUGGCACAGAUCUGUGGACACAAUUUGUGUGCACGGAAUUUUGUGUUCGAGUGUUUAAAUCUAAUGCAAUGUCACUUCCUUCACUGUCACCCCCUUCCCUGUGUCUGCUACAAAGAGGGUGGGUUGUGUGUGUACAGAUGCUCACACUCACUUUCCCAGAGGAUCCAGGUAGGCCCAAAUGCAGGUAGGCCAUGGCAGACACCCCAGCGUGAUAUAGAGCAGACCCUCCUGGCUUAGUCACCCCAGGGGCUGGCACAUGUCCUGGGGAGCGUGUGUGUGUGUGGUCAGCCCAUGGAGUUCAGCCAAGGUGAGUGGAAGCGUAUGCAUGUAAAUAACCUAGCUUGGCCUGUAUAUACGUGUGCAUUUCCCCCGGCAGGUGAUGUGAGGGACACGUGUGUGUGUGUGUCUCAGGGAUGUGCCUGAAGUGUUGGUAGGUCUUCUCUUCAGACAGAGCUCUCCAUAUUGUGCACUGGACACGUGUUUUGGGUGGGCACAGAAAUCUGUGUUUCUGUGCUGUCUAGAAUAUGACUGUGUAAGUGUGUAUGUGUGUGUGUGCAUUUGCGUGUAUAGAGGCUUUCUACAUAGUGUUUCUGCUCCUAUGUAUUAUACACACACACACAUUUAUCUUUAGGGACGUGUGCCCCAUCCAGGUUUGUUUAUCCAGAUAUAUUUGCCCCCUCCCUGUCUCCCCAGAGCUUCUGACCAAUAUCUGGUGUGGCUACACACUGCUACAUCAACAUUGUGCAGCUUCCUGCCUGCAAGGUCUCAGAGCCCCUGUGCACACAUGCCCAGAUGCUUAUUUUUCUCUGUGUCUCUGCACCCCUGAGAGCUUGGUACACCUCAGUGUCCUCACACAUGCCAAGGCUGAGUAGGCCUCGUGCAGGUGGCCAUACCCAGGCACACACAUACACACUGGAGCACACGUGCAUGGUAACAUGGGCAUGGUGCCCCUACAGGUCUGCACCCGUUUGCACACGAAUGCCUCCUGGAAGGGCUAUUUGUGGGAUACCUUACCGAUGGGGCACAUGUCAAGGGCUGCCCCAGACAGACUGACAAUGAGAGCAUGCCUGCCUUCCACACACUGAGCUUGGAGCUGGGAGAGGCCAAUGUUUGUCCCCACUGCCUCAGGGACCUUGAGUUUGGGGAACUGUUUAUUUCAGAUGUACUGUAGUGGCCAGUGUGGCAGCGGCCACUCAGGAUGGGCUAAGUCCUGGGACCCGUCCCCUGACACCUCUUCUGCUGAAAUGUUGGGGACAGCCAUUCUCCCACCAGGAUGAGAUUGAGGGUGGGAUGCAGGCCUGGUUUCUGAUGGUGAGGAAAGGGCUAGGUCCUCCCUCAUUGUGUAGACAACAAAUGCAUGGGUGGGUUUGUGCAUUUGGUGGCAGGUGAGAAGUACAUGGGCGGAGGACAGUGUUAGAAGCCCCCCACUCCAUGGCCCAGGAACAUGGACCCACACAUACAGGAUGGAACACACAGGUGCAAGAAUGUGCCCUGCCUUGGGGUUGGGCACACAUGUGCACAGGGUGAAGGACUCCAGGGGGUGUGCAGAUCAUUUCCAGGGUCCCACUUCCUGUGAACCAUGUGUGUGUCAGACAUGACCUUCCAGUGUGUGUGUGUGUGUGUGUGUGAGAGAGAGAGAGACAAUGCAGGUGUGACCUUCCAGAACACAAUACUCCUCCCCACUCCCACCCCAGCUCAGAUAGCCUGCCUCUUCCCUCGCUAGCUGUGUGGGCCCUGCCUGUGUGUGGCUAAUAUAUGUAACCCCCAAGGUGGGCUGUCCUGAGGAGGGGAGCCUGCCUGUCCAUUCCCAGAAUGCCCUUCUGCAAGACAGGAAGUUUGCCCCCGUGUCCUGACUGCAACCCUCCUGCUCCCAUCUCAGGCUUCUUUGGGGACGUCAGAGCAGGGCCCAGCAAUUCCUUCCUUUUUCCUUCCUGCUGCCCAGCCAGGACACUCUUUCAGCCCAGGUGUUUCCAGAAUUCCCACAGCCUUGGGGCCACAAGGAGAAGGGUGGAGCUCUGGCUGGAGUGAUGCUACUGCCUCUGAGUAGCUGCCCAUCUCUGGACCUCAUUUGGACCAGAGGGCCCCAAGGGUCUGCUAUGCCCCAGGUUCUGCAAGUCCCAUGCAUUAUACGAUGUGUUUGCUUGUUGGCUGCUGUGUCUGUGUGUCCUGGAGUGUUGUCUGGGGGCUGGUGUCUUCUGCAUGGUCUCAGACGAGCAAGUGUGUGCUGCCUACUCUCCAUGCACCCACAAUCAUCAGGCCCAUGAGUGCCCCAUGGGUGGUCCCGGGCCUGGCUAGGGCUCGCCACUUCCCCUCCCCCUUUCUUCCUAGCCCUGCCUCUCACGAAGCACACUGCGUGUCCAUCCCAUGUGCCUGUGGGUCGAUGCACGCUCUUGCCACGCCUUGAGCGUGUGUACAUGAUGUGUUCUAUGCAUUCACCCUGCACCCCCAGCCUGCCCCGCAGAGGACAAGAUGGGUGGCCCCCGGCUCCCUUCUCCCCCAUCCGCCCCCUGCCCGCUGUGCAGCCGUGUGCGUUGGCGUGUGUUCCCGUGUCGCUGGCGUGUCACGUGAUGUAGCCGUGUUUGCUGACAUGAGUCCCUGCCCCUUCUGUUUCUCUGUUGGUUUCUAGAGCUCUUUCCUUCUCCUCCCCAGAGGGGACAGGACUCCUGGGGCCUGGCUGGGGACCCAGAGCCAGGCCACCCUCUCCUGUUAGCCCUCAGAGUCCCAUUUCUCUCUAUUGGUGACCAAGUUGCAAAUGGAUAAAACACAGGAAAAUUCUGCCCCCCGCCCCCGCCCUGCAUGUCCUGUCCCCAGAGCCCCCACCCCCACCCUGGGCCGGGUCGGGCCCCGUGGGACGGGAGAAAUAGCAACCAAUCCAACAGCGGG